AUGGGAAAUCCACUGCCGAACGAGAUUGUUUUUCAUAUCGUCUCGUUUCUGCACCCAUUCACCGAUCGAGCCACUCUCGUCAAUCUCGCACUUGCUUCCGCAGGCUUGUGGGAGAUAGCUUCCAAACGGCUGUACCGCGACCUUAGACUGAGGGACGAGCAACUCCGGCGACUGGUUGCUGGUUCUCUCGACUCGGCUUUCCCGCAGAAUAUCACUAUGGAGGAACUGAAGGCUAUCGCGGAUAAUGGAGGCAGCAAGUUUACGGCUCGCGGCCAGCGGGCCAUUGGAUUCAUCUGGCGUUUGCGAAUCAACCUCCCAUCUCAGCAGACACUUGAGACCCUGUACGCGGCCACUCUGCCCAAUAUCCCACUAUUCCCAAACGUUCGCCAUGUUUGCCUCUCAGACGACGACUUAGGGUCUUGGGGCUUCUGGCGCCCACCACCACCACCGGAGUCUCUGAACCGACAACGACAAGGGCCAAUGGAUGUGGUGCUUUUCGACGGUGCUGCAUUCUGUGUGGCUGGGGUUGAGAGCAUGGGCGCACAGAUGUGGUUAUGUCACAAGAACACCAUGGCUUGGACGUUCCAUGUCACAGUCGUCCGAGACUGGUUUGAUUGGUUUACAGAACCGACGAGUUGGAACUCGAUGCGCAUCUUCGCCAAUGGGUCUAGUGAUAGUCUCGAUCAAUUGGGGACACCAAUCGAGUGGAAGCGGCUGGAGACAGCUCAUGCCAAUGACCCAAAUGUGCACAUCUGUUUAGACAUUCCCUUAGCCAGCAUGGAGGAUAGCCGCGAGCGUCUGGAGUGCAUGUUCGACUGGGAGUCAGAUCCGCCAAAGUGUUACGUGACAGCCGGUGAUGCCUGCUCACCUUGCGAGUCGUGCGGUGAGUCUUGCACGACAGGGUAG